GCAGCCACCAAUCUCCCCUCCCCCUUUUCUCUCCCUCCGUUCCUCUCUCCCGUUUAUUAUCGGCAGAGGUCGCAUGGCAGAGGGAAGUCCACAGACCACUUCUGUACUGGAACCAAUGCAAGAAUAUGCACCUCCAUAACAAAGCCUGCUGCGUGGAGUCCUGAGAGGAGGAAACAACACAGGCUGCACAAAAGAGCUAAGAAAGAGAGGAUCUAAGUUGGAGGUUUUCAUUUGUUCUGGAACAACGAGGAUAGUUUUUGCCAAACACGUGUGAAUGCAUGCAUUUUUUGCUCUCUCUGCGUUGAGUGAAGUGAGUGUUUCGCAUCCCGGCUGCAGGGCUCUGUGAGGAAGAGGAGGAGGAGGAGGACUGUGCGCAUCUCCACCAAGAAGAGUUGGUGCCGAAGUUCGGCUGCAAACGGAUGUGAGGGAAGAAGAGUACCGAGUAAAAAAAAACUCCCCCACUUCUUUUCUUUUUCUUUUUUUUUGUGUGUGUGUGUUGUUGUUGCUCCAGCAGUGUGCGUGUUUUUUGCUGAGACAAUAGUGAAGUCAAAAGACGCUGAAAGUGAUUUUCAUGCCUUCAGUCUCGCACAACCUGAGAUGGACGUGAGAUUUUAUCCUGCGCCUCCAGCUAAUGUGGGUUCAUGCUCCCUACCGACUGAUCCAAGUUGUCUGAGCUCCUUGGACUAUUACCACUCGAACAAGGCCCGGUACAGUGUGGGUGAACGAGGGGUUAGGCUCCACACUGCCCACCCUCCAGGCAUCAAUCCAGCUAGGAAAAGACUGCCCACUGCUGUGUUUGAUGGUGACAACAUGUACAUGAAUGACAAUAACCAAGAGUUUCGGUCGCCAAACCAGAGCUACAGAGGCAGCAGUGGCGGAGGAGGAGCAGGGGAUGAAGACUACGAGAUCCCCCCAAUCACACCCCCCAACCACGCCGACCCUUCUCUGCUGCACCUCAUGGAGCACGAGUCAGGUUACCCCUUCCACUCCCUGCCUCACAACGGCCUGCUCAACACCUACUCCUACCCCGAGCUGCCUGCCCUCAUGAUGUCCAACAUGCUGGGUCAGGACACCCACCUCCUCUCUGGGCCUAUGCACUCGUUAAGCAGUGAGAAGCGGGCCGCGGCGGAAAUGAUGAAGCCCAAACCCAAACCUCAAAAGAAGAAGAAGAAGAAGGACCCCAACGAGCCACAGAAACCCGUGUCGGCCUACGCUCUCUUCUUCAGGGACACCCAGGCGGCCAUCAAGGGCCAAAACCCCAACGCCACCUUCGGGGACGUCUCCAAGAUCGUGGCCUCCAUGUGGGACAGCCUAGGAGAGGAACAGAAGCAGGCCUACAAGAGGAAAACCGAGGCGGCUAAGAAAGAGUACCUGAAAGCCUUGGCCGCGUACCGAGCCAGUCUGGUUUCCAAGACGUACAACGACCCUGAACCAAAAAGUGCCCAGCAGACCAGCCAGCCCUCCCACAUGCUGCCCCCGAAGCAGCCCCUGUACAGCGUGCCCCCCCAGCCCUCCUCACCCUACCUGGGCCCGCCGGGCUCCUUCCCCCUGUCAGACCUCCAGAGCUACGCGGGGCCGCCCCGCCACGCCCUGGCCCAGACCCUCAGCCAAUCCCAGAUGCUGCCGCCCAGCAUGAGUGCCUCUCCCCCGGCUCCCUUCCAGAUCAGCCCACCCCUGCACCCCCACGCCCAACUCUCCCUGCACCAGAGCUCCCUGCUCAACCAGCCAAUCCGCAUGCAGCAGCCGCAGCCAAUCAUCUCACACCAAAUGGGGCUGCAUUCCCCUCCUCUCAGCCAACAGGGAUUCUCCCACAUCCAGGCUGAAUACCAGAACAGUGUCGGGGGCUCACAGUCUCCAGGGGCCCCGAACCCAGGACACGGCCAGAACCCUGACUGGGACGGCGAAUACUGCAACAGGGACUGUGGACCCAACCACUGCGGUGGCAUGGGAGCUCGGGACAAGCCUCUCUACCUCACUUGAAGUUGAAAGACCUCCAAAUGUCAGACUCCAGGGAGCUUUCCACCAUAACAACAACAACGUCAUCGAUGUAUCUGCUUCGACACCAUUUUCCUUUUUCUUUUUUUCUUUUUUUGUGACGGAUUUCGAAAAUCCCAAAGACUGCUACAGUAACUUCACCUAUUUGCCAAGCACUUAGAUCGGCCAGAAGCCUGAGGCACUUCUCUUGCUUUUUUCCUUAUCAGUGAACUUUCCUUUUUUUUUUUCUUGCGGGGGCAGUGAGCUUUAAGCUCAUGCCAACAUACUGGAAAUGAAGACCAAAAAAAAAAAAAGAAAAGUCUUCUCAUUAUGUUUUUAAAGAUGCUCUCUCUCUUUCUCCUCUCCACUCCAUUACUCUGUGUUUGCCAUGGACUGCCCCUCAUCGGGGAGAUGAAAUGCUCUAAGCAUACUCAAAGCGUAGGGGUCUCGGCUAGGAAAGCUAAUGCAGGAAACUAGAAAAUAGUCACCUCAGCAGGGUGGAUGUACUUCAGGACAGACUGAAAACACCCCGACUGAGUAAAAAGCAAAAUUAUAAUGAAGAUAGUCACAUUUGUAAAUCAUCCUCGCCCCUAGUAAAGGACUUCCUUUUCUUUCUCACAGAGUGAUUGUAUAUAUCACCAAAAUGGAUCCCUACUUAUGUGUGUAUUUAGCUGCAGUCCCUUGCUUUCUUUUAUUUUUUUAACAUUCUUUUCAUUUGGUUAUGUGAUUUUCGUGCAGGCGGAUUCAGUGAGGGAAUACACACACUAAAAGUUGUGUUGAAACUGUGUUCACUGGUCUCUCCGAAACGACGAGAGAGAAACGCAAAGACGUCCUCCUUUAGCAGGCAGAGCUCUGCUAGAGAGCGUCGCUCUCGUCACACACGGCCUCAGGACGUUACAGGACUGUAGAGGUCAAAGGUCGAUACCUCUCCUUUUAGCUCCUCCUCCUCCUCUCGGUCAAUAAGGACCGCACCCUUCCCCUCCCACACACCUGUAACCCCGCCCACCCCCCCUUUAGUCCUGACACCACUUGUACAGGUGAAUUAAAAAAAAAAAAAAAAAAAAGUUGCUAAAUGUGAAAUGUUACUAAAGAAAAAAAAACAUAACAGUGGGUUUUAAAAGUUUUUGACUAGUUUUAUUAGGUGUUUUAGAAUUGUGUUGAACUCAUCUUUAUCAUUUUUUUGUGAAGAAGAAAAAAAAAAGAUAUUUUGUUUUUUCACUGUAGCAGGAUUUUUGCGUUUCAGGAGGAACAGUCAUGGGGGAGUAGAUAUAUUUUAAGUUUGUGUAUAAAAACCUGCCAAAUGUACUUCUUUAAUUUGUAAAGCCAGUGACGAGAGAACCCCAUUUUGUUUUUUGUUGAAUAUCAUAAUGUUUUUACAAUAUGGUCAUUCUAUUUAAUUUGGUUGCAGGUUUCACAUCUAUUUAUGAAUGAUAUGAAGUUAACAUUUUGGCUUAUUUUCAUCAGGGUGCAUUAUUAUUAUUAUUAUUAUUAUUAUUAUUGAUCAAACAACAUGAUUAUUAGAAUAAUAAAAUAUUUUUUUCAGAAAUUGUUGUUGGUGCAAUACCAGUGCAACCAGCAUUAGAUUCAUUUUGUGUCACAAAUACUUCUUUUGUUUUCUUUUGUCUGUAAUAAAAUGUUUAAAGUGGAGAAA